UUUCUUUCUUUCUCUCUCUAAAACCUUACCCUUCCUUGUAGGAAUUGGACUUUCUCUCUCUAGUUUCUUCUUUUCUUUUUGUAAUUUACUUUCUUUUAGGGUUUUUACGAGUAAUGGAUUUAGAGAGAUGCUCUGUUUCGAGUUCAUCAUCAUCUUUUUCUUCUUCGUCGGCGAGUUCGUCUGCGGAGGUGGAAGUGGAUCGGAUGGUGAGGAUAGAGAUGGAGGCGGCGGAGGCGCUGGCGGAUUUAGCUCAUUUAGCUAUGAAAGAGAGUGGAAGCGGGGAUUCUUCUACUGCUGGUGGUGGUAGAUGGGGAAGUAAAGGAAAACGAGGUAAAAAACGAGUCAAGAGCGAGUCGCCUCCGCUUGACCCGUUUACUAAACCGGUUCUUGACUCGCUCACUAACUGCCUGGAUCCUGCCCCGGAUCCAGCACCUGUGGAUCAGCAACAUGAUGAACCACUAUGUAGUGAUACAGUAAUAAAAGCUGCAAAGGUUGAGCAAGAUGCGGAUAUUCCUAAACCAAGUCCUGUCUCUGUGAAAAAUCACCCAUCAUAUGGUGGUGGCAGGUCGAGACAAAAUUUAACCGAGGCAGAAAAAGAGGAACGGAGACUGCGUAGGAUAUUGGCAAACAGAGAAUCAGCUAGACAAACUAUUCGACGUAGACAGGCUCUAUGUGAGGAGUUAACCAGGAAAGCUGCUGAUCUAGCAUGGGAAAAUGAAAACUUAAAGAGGGAGAAAGAAUCAGUUUUAAAAGAGUUUCAGUCUUUGGAGUCCAGAAAUAAGUAUUUGAAGGCACAGAUGGCUAAGUUAAUAAAAACUGAGGUGGAGGAUUCCCCAGCAGACCUUAAGUCAGCCCAUGUUGACAACUCUCUUGCCCCAGCUACAAACUGCUCAUUGCUGUUAUAUAACCAACAUCCAUUUUCAUCACUUUGCUGGCCUUCCAUCAUUCAGUCUUCAAAUUCUGUCCAAUCACAUCUUGGGCCUCAAAGUACCAUUAUGAUUCCAUCAAGCAUUUCCAUGCCACCCAAUGGAAAGCUUGAUUCAUCUCAGCAGCCACAAGAAAACCCCAUGAUUACCAAUGGACCAAGAAUUCCAUUAUAUAUAGUGUCAUGUCCUUGGUUCUUUCCAGUUCCUGAGCAUGCGAAUGGACUCCACCCUCUGCCCUCCUUUGGCUUGCAACACAAACAAGAUGGAACUUCUGUAAAUAAUCAAUGUAGUAGAACUUCAUCUGCAAAAGCUACUGCACUUAUGCAGAACCAGUUUUCCUCUGCGUCUGAAAAAGUUAACUCAGAAGAUGGUAAUCCAGCAAUUAAUGAUCUUAACGAGACACCAGUGGGAGUCCCCCCAGAAGGAGGCGGUCACUCCGCAGCACCCAACCAUAAAGAAACAGUUGUUGCUCCUGUAAUGCUUAGUUCUGUUACACCUACAGUUGCUGUUAAAAAUGAGACUGGGACUCGAUCAGAAUCUGUUCCACAUACUGAUGGCAUUUGUACAACAUCUAAGCAACUAAUAAGUGCUUUACCGGGAAAGAAUCGAGAUCCAUUCAAGUUCCUAAGUAAGAAUCUAGUGGAUGCAGCGGCUGCAGCAGUGGCAAGAAGGAGGAGGAAGGAACUUACAAAACUUAAGAACCUCCAUGGGCGCCAAUGUCGGAUGAACUGCUGAAGUCGUACGGUAAACAGGGUGGCUUUUUGGCUAGAUUUGAUCCCAGGGCCUGAGCAGUUAAACCUUGUUCUGAAUGCGAACAUGCAAGCAGAGAAGGCCUCUGAAAGAAUAGAGAUCAACCACUUGGUCGCACAUCUCUGUGACUGCUAUUUUUGGCUCUUUUCUUUUUUAAUCUGUAUUAAUGCGGGCAAUUUUGGUUGCCCCUUUUCAUAUGCACAAAGUACACGACAGGAUGGAAGCUUAGUCAGAAGGCAAAAUAGAUGUGGAACGUGUUAGCAUUUAGUAAUUUAUAUUGCAAAGUUGGGUAAGGAAUUAGUUUCUAUGUUAACUGAAUGUUGCUGCCAUUUUGGUGGGUAGAGUUGGCAGGGGCAGUAAAAGUAGAAUUAGGAGAUGAAUUUGAAGCUAGCUGGUGGGUCUGUAACAUCUUGUUGUAAUUCCUGUUUCUGAAAAAUACGUUAAGUUAGUUACAAAAUGAGGCAUUCGAGUCUCUUUAAA